CAUCAACAAUUUUCUCAUCCCCAGCCAUAGCAGCAGCAGUUUAUGGCUCUCAAUUUCAGCAUCACCUUCCUUUGUCAAAAGUGAAGAAAAACAACCAUCGUCAAUUUGCAACUACCUUUUUGUAAACUGCAGUUUUCCAGAUCGGGAAUGGAUACGGCGGCGGCGGCGGUUGUGAAUAAGGCGGAGAUCGACACGAGCGCGCCAUUCCGAUCGGUUAAAGAGGCGGUGAUGUUGUUCGGGGAGAGAGUUCUCGCCAGCGAGGUUUAUGCCAACAAGCUCAAAGAGAUGCAGGAUGGAAGAAGCUCCAAUGGCGACGAAGAGGACGGCGACACAGCACUGGAGCUGGAGGAGACAAAGCAGAGCCUUCGAAAGGCCAGGGAAGAGAGCGUCCACAUGGCCAAAUGCCUCUCCAACUUACAGCAAGAGCUCGAACAGACCAAAAGAGAGCUUCACCAUCUCAAAUUCAGAUCCAAUCUCCUCGAUCUAGAAAUCGACGAAGAUCUCAAAUUCGUCGAGGAUGACUCCACCUCACAGGCGGCGAAUACAAAUCCCAAGACCACCGUCGUUGGCCAGAGAUCAGUCGAAUUCCAGAAGAAGAAAUACGUCAGGUUCGCUAAUCCCCCUACUUCCGCGGUUGCUCGCCCUGUCGUCGUGCCGCCUCCACCGGCGGCGGCGGAGGCUGUGCUGAAAAGGCAUCCUUCACUUAAAACUAAGAAGAAGAAGCAGUUACUCCCCCCUUUUAUAGGGGCCAUCUUUUCCUGGAAGAAUAAGGGAAAUACUUCUCACCAAGUCUCCUUUGCAUAAUAAUCCCGCCAAUUAAAUUAAAUCCAGAUCUUAAUUUUUGCCAAUUUUCAAUAAUGCUACGACUGUCACAUUUCAUUUUUAUUUUAUUUUCCAAAAAAAAAAAAACUA